AUGCCAAGUGAGUACCAAGCCAUAGACGGAUCUAUGAUACGAUUCAAAGGAAGAAGCAGCAUUCGACAACACAUGCCGAUGAAACCGAUCAAGAGGGGAUACAAGGUAUGGGUAAGAAGUGACGAAACAAGAUUUAUGUCGCAAUUUCAAAUUUAUACGGGUAAAGUUUCAAAUCUUACUGAAAAAUCCUUAGGUGCCAGGGUUAUAAAGGGUUAUAAAGGUUUUUUUAACUCGGUUGAACUGCAAAACAGUUUACUGUUGGAAGGCAUUUAUGCAUGUGGAACCGCCAGAAAAAAUAGAAAAAAUAUGCCAAACGACUUGCGUGACGAUAAGCAUUUGAAAAGAGGAGAAUCGGACUAUCGGGUAUCUACAGGAGGAAUCGGGUAUCUACGGGUAGCCUUGAAGUGGAUGGAUAGAAAAAGCGUUCUUUUUAUUUCACAUUUUCACUAUCCUGCCAACCUGGAAACUGCCUCCAGAAGAAAAAAAGACGGCUCUAAAGAAGAUGUAGAAUGCCCAUCACUUGUUAACGAUUAUAACCAGCACAUGGGGUACGUCGACAAGUUUGACAUGUUAAAGUCACUGUAUGAAAUAGAUAGGAAGUCACGAAAAUGGUGGCACCGAUUUUUUUUUUUGGUACUUUGUGGAUGCUACAGUCAUUAA